ACUGCAAAACAGUUGCCUCUGCCACACUGGACGUAAGCCGAAGACACCGCGACCACUCUGAGUUGAGGAACCAAGCGUCGGAGAUGUGUGUGGUGACUGGGAGCUGGAUGGUGGACGCUCUGCUGAUGGUCCUGCCUCUCGCGUACUGGUACCGCAGGCGCAACUUCUUCUUCUGGGAGAAACUGGGAGUGCCUUACUUGAAGCCCACGUCGUUCCUCGGCAACAUGGGUGGGUUAGCGAUCGGAGAGCAACACGCCGGAGAUCCCAUAUACGAUUGCUACCUGGAGGCUGCUGAUGCGCCCUUUAUGGGCAUGUUCGCAUUCGGCAAUCCGCUGCUCAUGGUCAAGGACCCGGAACUGUUGUCUCGUGUGCUGGCGACGGAUUUUCCAGCAUUUAACAGCCGUAACUUCGCUGUCGGAAGUGACUCACUGUUGACAAAGUCUGUCUUGGGUGUACAUGGAGACAGAUGGGAAACGCUGAGGACGAAGCUGGCGCCAGCAUUCACUCCAGGCAAGAUAAAGGCGAUGUUCCCACUGAUGGAGGGCGUUGGACAGGACUUGGUGCAGCACCUCGCUGGCGAAGUUGAGAAAGGUGAGGCCAUUGACUUGUGGCAGUUGAUGACUCGGUACACGGCCCAUGUGCUGUGUACGAUAGUGCUGGGGGCGGACGCCGGCUCCAUGUCGGAGGCCAAAUCGCCGGUGAGAGAACACAUCAUGAACCUCACACGCAAAGACGUGCUGGCUCAGCUGUCCCUCGCCAUCAGUCUCCUGGCUCCACAACUCUUCAAGCUCUUUCCCUUGACGUUCACUUCCGAGAGAGAAGAGACCCUUCUCUACUUCUCCGCCGUCCAGAUGAUGAACGAGCGGAAGCACAAAGGGAUAGUCCGUGCAGACAUAGUGGACACGCUGAUGCAGCUGCGGACGUCAGCAAAUAAGAAACACUCCAAAAGCGGCGCGGCCAGGAAGUCGUCAGCCGGUACAAAUCAUUUUGAAAUGGAUGACGAGACAAUAGUUGGCAACAUCAUCGCUUUCCUGAUUGGUGGGCUUGACACGUCUGUUUCGACCAUGACGUACGCUCUCUACCAGCUUGCCGUCCACCAGCAAAUACAAGACAGGGUCCGCCUGGACAUCCGUGAGGCCAUCUUUCGCCACGGCGGCGAGUUUACAUAUCAGGCACUGGGAGCCAUGAACCAGCUCGACUACGUUAUCGACGAGACCAUGCGGCUUUACCCUCCGAUGAACUUCCUGGACCGCAAAACGACGAAGUCCUUCCGGAUCCCGGGCACGGACAUAGUGCUGCCCAAGGACACGGGCAUCGUCGUCUCCGUGCUGGGCGUGCACCACGACCCCCGGUACUGGCAGCACCCAGAGCGCUUCUGGCCGGGGAGGUUCAGCGUCGAGGGCGGCAAGGCGAGACCCAGCCACACCUUCCUGCCCUUCGGGGACGGCCCAAGGCAGUGCCCUGGGUUGAGAAUGGCACACACGCAAAUGAAGAUCUCCCUGGCGAACGUCCUGAUAAACUUCCGAGUGAGCGUCACUGAGAAGACUCCGGUACCUCAGGCUGCAAACCGUCGGAAGCUGAUAAGGAAGUCAGAGGGAUCGUUUGAGCUGGGCUUCGAGAAGAUUUCCUAACGAGAGCGACGAGGUCGCCGAAAUUGCCUUGACAUGUCAUUUCCAUUACAGUCAGACGAGGAAGUCGUGAACAGUUACUAUGCGAGUAACACUUUUUUAUACGUUUACAAUAUGAUAGAAUAUACUGGCUUUGACCAAUAGUCUUUAAAUUGACUAUCGAAUUUGGCCGUACUUAUUGCUACUGCAAAAUUGUAACGUACCCAUUAUCCUAUAUAAUUAUAUAUAUUCGAAAUGACUGUUGAAUCAUGUAAGAAAUGUCGGAAGAACACUGAAUCUUCGCUGUAGUCUGCAAACAGAAAUGUCAUAGAUGUCUAGCAUUUAGAUCUGUUGACACCAGCCGCCGCUAAGACUUCAGUUUCCCUCUGUCUUUCUCGUCCUAAUAACUGACACCUGAAGAUUUUCACAUGACGAACUAUUCUCGUUGCCUCAAAUAACCUGUUGAAAAGGACUUCGAGGGUGUAGAUAAGGUUUCGGCGCACCCCUUGUCCCGGAGGCUGAAUGAACUACAGAGAUCGACGCAACGAAAAAUGAUGAAAUAAACACAUUAAAUAUGCAGAAGAUAAUCGAACCUUGGGUUACGGAAUACUUUUCCUUCUGAGAAAAAAAUAUACAUAUGUGAUACCAGUGACCUCAGAUUACUAUUUGGCUCUUUAAAUGGCUCUAAUGUAGAAUAAAUAAUUCUAAGAUACGUGGAAA